UAAAUUCCCCUCAAUUCUCGUCACUCCCCAAAAACCAAAACCAAAACUCUCUUUCUCUCUCUAAAUAAAUGCUGACAUACGAGACGGUGGAGGAGGCGGCGGCGGCGCUGGGCCGGAAUCUGAGCGCCGCCGAGGCACUCUGGUUCAGUUACUCUGCCCGGAAGUCCGACUACUUCCUGUACUGCCACAACGUCCUCUUCCUCUUCCUCACCUUCUCCGUCGUCCCCGUGCCUCUCGUCCUCCUCGAGCUCGCCCGCUCCUCCGGCCUCCUCCGCUACAAGAUUCAGCCCAAGGUCCGCCUCUCCCUCUCCGAGACCCUCUCCUGCUACCGCGACGUCAUGCGCAUGUUCUUCCUCGUUGUCGGCCCUCUCCAGCUCGUCUCCUUCCCUUCCAUCAAGUUGAUUGGGAUUAGAACGGGGUUGCCAUUGCCUUCUGGGUGGGAGAUUCUCUCGCAAUUAUUGGUUUACUUUGUGGUGGAGGAUUACACGAACUAUUGGAUCCAUAGAUUUUUGCAUAACAAAUGGGGAUACGAGAAGAUUCACCGAGUUCAUCACGAGUACACGGCUCCGAUUGGAUUUGCGGCGCCAUACGCGCAUUGGGCGGAGAUUCUGAUCCUCGGAAUCCCGUCUUUCCUAGGGCCGGCCAUGGUUCCUGGACACAUGAUCACCUUCUGGUUGUGGAUUGCUUUAAGGCAGAUUGAGGCCAUAGACACUCACAGCGGGUAUGAAUUUCCCUGGAGCCCCACCAAAUACAUUCCAUUUUAUGGUGGUGCUGAGUAUCAUGAUUACCAUCACUAUGUUGGGGGACAAAGCCAGAGCAACUUUGCUUCUGUUUUCACCUACUGUGAUUUCAUUUAUGGAACUGACAAGGGCUUCCGAUAUCAGAAGAAGAUCCUCAAGAAGUUGAAAGAAGAAAGCUAUGAAAAGCAUAAUGGAGGGCCGUACCAAUUUUCAACUCAAGAUCUUAAGUCUGACUAGUGGGGCUGCAAAGAAACCCUAUCAGCAACGAAGGCCAUAUCAGAUGCUUCUCAGUUCUCACUGGUGAGAACUCUCUUAAGCUCUGAUUUCAAGUUGACAUCUCUAUGCUAGUCCAGUGAAUAGAAUGCUUUAGUGGCUCUUGCGGAGAUUAACUUGGGGUUUUUUGGAACUGUGAUAAGGUGUAGCUUGGGGGGGUAUUUUAUAGUAUAAGAUUGUAACGGUAGGGUUAAGAGUUCAGACAUUUUGUUUUUAUUUUUUAUUUUUUUCUCUCUUUUUU